GUCUCUCGUCAACGGGGAGUGUACACAUCGCAGAGAACUAUGCCCGGUUCAAAUGUGUGGACUCGCAGCAGAGCGAGAAUGAGACUCUUCCCAGAGAUGUUUGCUCAAUGCUCAGCAGAGGCAGCUUCCUAUGGUAAAUGUGUGGCUGCCACAACCACUGGCAAACAGGAGCUGACCAAAAACAUGUGUGCUAAAGAAUUUGAAGCAUUAAAGAGCUGCUUUCAAUCUGCUAUGAAAAAGGUGGCGAAGUGAAGAACUUCACAGUGUUUGGGAUAUUAAUGGUUUACUAAAGGAAAAUGUUCUGUCAUAAAUAUAAUGUACAUCUUGAACAGCUUUUUUAUUUCCUUCUCUCUGUAAAUAUAUAUAGUGUUUGAAAUUCAAAAUUGUCUUCCACAGAAAAGCAUAAUAAAUGUUAUUUCUAAGAAAAUAAAUUAAGUCAUCAGUUUAAAGGUAAUAGCACAAAAUAACACAAUAAUAUUUUGAAUCGCAAUCUGGAUUGAAUAGAAGUUUAUACUACACAUACAAACAGUACAAAUGCUUAGGAGGUUUUUUUUGAGCACACAGUGAAUAAAAAUGAAGACAAUACAAUACACAUAAACAUUAGAUCAUUAGCUCAUGAAUCAUUAUAUAGCUGUUUUCACAUCUGAAUAUAUCACCAUGCAGAUUAAAGAGCCAGUCUAAUGCUAACCAGACAUUUCAUGUUUGGGGUCUUUGAUGAGGGGGAGUCAGAAUGAGUUAUAAGUUAUGAGGUGUCAUAUGAUGGGUGGUCAUUAUCAUGCAUUUUCCACUGAUUGCAGAUCAGUAUUGAGUCAGGCUUUAAAUUUGGACUGGAAACCGAAGAUGACAGUUUUAGGGGUUUUGUUUCCAAUCAGACAAAAGUGAGGGGAAACAUGAAAGACCAGCUGAUUAAUGUGUAUCCAUGGGGUGCAUGUCACUGGCACCACAAAAGAUUAUGGGCUCUUAUUCGUCCCGUAUGGAACAUAAAGCCGUGCCUCUGUUAAAUACACCCUUCCUGCACCCUCAUUAACCAGAUGUUAAUUGAUAGAAGGGACUAUAAAGGCAGCCACUAAUGACUUGGGAUCAACAAACAAUUCAACCAGCCAAUUAGAAGGGUGAACAGUUUUGGUAUAUAAAUAAAAGUGUUGCUAGCAAAGCGUUGACUCAAAUAUCUAUAGGAAAACACAUGCUACAGGUUAUGCUUUAGCUUAGUCAUGAUCAAUGUUAGCGGCCUUCUUUCAUAUGGGAUUCAUUCACACAUUUUCUAAACACUACAGGGUGUUCAUUGAAAAAGAAUGGUCUUGUGGAAAUGGUUGUGUUUGGUCCAAAUUGGCUAGAAAACCUUAAGGUUUAGAGGGGCUUUUGUCUUGCAUUACUGACACUGAAAAAUUCUGACGCAGACAGUCAGUCUCUGCCCACAUUGGACAUUAAAUUAGUGCCUUGUGGUUCUGGUUGUCUGGAGGAUCUAUUGACAGAAAUAUACAUAAUCAUGUCUUCAGAGGUGUAUAAAGACCUUACAUAAUGAAUCGUUAUGUUUGUAUUACCUUAGAAUUAACUAUUUCUAUCUACAUACACCGCCGGUCCCCUUCUAUGGAAUUCGCCAUGUUGUGUCUACAGUAACCCUAAAUGGACAAAUUGCUCUACAGAGUGCGUUUUGUAAAUACGUUUUCUCCCUUGGCAAAGAAGCGAAAACGUGGCGGCAUCUUAGUUCUGUGUCAGCCUCCGUGGUGCUUCGGGAGGGGGGAGUGAUCCGUCACCACUAGAUGCUGCUAAAUUUCAUACACUGGACCUUUAAGAAACCCGUUUUAAUUUUUUUAAAUCUAUGGCAGGAUUAUGUAAGUGUAACUGAAUAUCUAAAACAAACAAAAAAAAAACAUUUCACCUAAGCAUAUUUGUCAACUAGCCAUUCAUCAAUAAACAUGAGACUGAUUUGUAAUGCAAGCAAGGGCUACAACACAAUGAAUAUUUCACAACGAACUUUCAUAUAAAUAACUUUAUUAAUUUAACCUAAUUAAAAUAUCAAACUAAAACUGAGAAAAAUAGGCAUGUUUAGACAAAACAAUUCUUUAAGAUUUUGGUUAUUCUCUGCAAUCUGAUCAAAUACAGUUAAACUUGAGUUAUACUUUUCAACAAAUGCUUUUCAAUAAACCCUAUUACCGGCCAAUAACCAGGCUGUGUUGUAUGAACCGCUUAUGACCUCAUACCAUAUUUUUCCUUUUGAAAUACUGAAAGAUCCCCAAAAAAAUCAUGAAACUCUUGAAUAUUGAAAAGAUAUAUUAGUUCAGAAAGAGAAAGACAUAUCCACACACAGUGUGGGUGUAACAGACCUCACAUACUCAUUACUGCAGCAUUAAAAACCACAAGGCUCCUGAACCGAAUUCAACAUUCAUAAGAAAAACAUGGAAUGCAGAACAGCAUAGCCUUGUACACCGAAAAAUAAGGAUUCUUUAUAUGUUCAGCAUUAAACAAUGAAUUUACAAAAUGGGUCCAAUUUUAAAACUUAAAGAGGCUUAAGAAAUACUUUAUAUACACAUAUAAACAAAACACAAAAGUAAAUUUACCCAGCUAACAACAAACACAGCUUGCAUAAACAAGAUGAAACAUUAAGCAUCAGGAAUUCUUUGACGCUCAAUCACAGCUGGUUGAACGACCGAUUUCGAGGAAAAAGGGACAAUUUCCUACUACUAGGGACUCAUUUAGAAGCAAAUAUGCUUACACUCUUUCAGUACUGCAUAAAUUAGAUUGUCUAAUUUAAAUAUAAUUUAUACAAUUUUUACAAAAGGGCUUCGGUUGAAUAAGAAAUAUUAUCCAACACAAUGUAAUAUCAAUAUACAGAAAAUAAUAUUACACAUUUAAUGACUCCUAUCUCCAGAAUAUGAACAUAUUUUUUAAUCGUAGUCUCUAAAGAUUCUUAAAUAAAGCAAAAGUACACUUCCAAGAGCGAGGAGCUUUUUUUUCACAUCCUUAACAUGCUGCUAUAUCAACCAGAAGGUAACAUUUUCACCCCAUGUUCAUUGUACAGAAUAGUUAAGUAUCUGACCAAAUUUGACAUUUAAAGUACCAAACUACCAGAAUAAUAUCUUUAUUCUAUUUCUUCUAUUAAUUUAACCUCUAUUCUUAGGUUGACACCACAAACUGCAAUAAACAAAUCAGCCACUAGAGGUUGCGCUUGAGCUUUUUGUCUUAAUUUGCAAAGGUCCAAAACACAAUAUGGUAAAAUGCCCUGUGUGCCCAUCAGGCCCAUUUUUUUUUUUUUUUACUGUGAUUUCGCUCAGUUUAUUAAAC